GUACCGAAUGCACCUGUUCUGAUUUCUGGAAACCCGCCUCUCGCAUUGCCAGCAGCUGCUGGUCCCAAACUGAUGCGUUCGGAUAAACUGGAGGUUUGCCGAGAAUUCCAGCGUGGAAAUUGUACCCGUGGGGAAAACGAUUGUCGCUAUGCUCACCCCACGGAUGUUUCCAUGAUUGAGGCAAGUGAUAAUAUCCAGCCUGGUAUGCUUCAGCUGAUACCAAAGAGAUCGGCACUUGAAAAGACCAAUGGUGCCACUCCGGUCUUUAACCCCAGCGUUUUCCACUGCCAACAGGCUCUGGCUAACCUGCAGCUCCCGCAGCCGGCAUUUAUCCCUGCAGGGCCAGUACUGUGCAUGGCACCCGCUUCAAGUGUUGUGCCCAUGAUGCACGGCGCAGCUCCCACCACUGUGUCUGCAGCACCAACACCUGCCACCAGCGUCCCCUUCGCUGCAUCAGCUACAGGCAAUCAGAUACCCCCAUUAUCAGUAGAUGAACUGAAUAGCAGCAUGUUUGUUUCACAGAUGUAGAAGUUACCAGUAGAACAUUGAAAUUCUGAACAACAGAGUUACAGAGUAUCAAGAUCUCUCCGUGAGAACCUCCAUAUGGCCUUUCCAUAUAUAUUCUCAUAGGUCCUCUUCUACCAAUGCUACAAUAAGUGUGAUGCGGUCAAUAUAUUAAACCAAACGCAUAUACCAACCAACAGAUUCAAACAAAACCAAUAAAGCAUUAAACAGUCAGUGGAGAUGUUAAAACAAAACACACAUAGAAAAUGAAUAACUAACAUUUAUCUUAUUUGAAUUAGUAGGUAGAACACGACCAUAAAGUUUUGUAGUUUGUUACAUUAUUCUUUGUGAUUUUCCAAUAACCAUUAUGCUGAGUGAAUCUCCACAGUGGACUGUUGGCUUACUGUGCAUUCUUGGUGGGUAAAUGUUUGUCUGUUUUAAAGUGUUACCUUACUGUUUUGUUUACACAAUAGUCUAUUGGGUUGAUUUAGAAUGUAACAAAUGUAUCCAGUACCAUUUUCCUCACUAUUGUAUUGUGGUGUGGUGUGUUGUGUUAGAUUUUGACAUACUAUAGUGUUUUCCUCUAGAUGUGUGGUGUUUGAUUUCAACUAGAAUAUUACUAAUGGGAAACAGAAAUAUCUGUGUUUGAAAAACAUAACAGAUUAAUGUUAACAUGCUUUCUCUCUCUUUAGAACAUUUCUGUAGGUUUCUUGGGGCAGACAUUCAUUAUAAACAUGCAUGUGUAUAAUUUGUACCUGUGGAUCUGACCUUGCAUAAUACAAUCACAUGACUAGGUUUUUUUGAGGGGAGAGAGAAAUAAUUACCUGCAAAAAACAGGGAACUUCUGAAAAUAUGAACCCCUAAUCUCACUGCUCAAAAAGCUUGCAAAAUUACAAUUUACCUUUAAAGGUAAAUUUCUCAGCAUUUAUGUGAAGAGCCCAUUACAUUUCUUGUGGUUCAAGGAUCCUAUCUCCUAGGCUGAGCAUCUAAAGCUGAGCCAUUUGUCAACUUCAGCUGAAGAUUGGUACUUGGAGGCUUAAAGGUAUGCUAAUUGUAGGUUAUAAAUUAAACAGGGAGGUGAGGGCGUGGAGAUAGUUUUUCCGUUUUAGAGGAAAGUGUGUGAGGCAAUCUUGCAAAAGUCAGGGUGAAAGAAAAGUGGUUCUGAGUGAGGCCUUUCCUCCCCAGAUGGAUAGCCUUCCCCAUUGAUCACAGCUGGAGCAUGAGUAUAGGUUUGGAGAAACCGUGGGGGGUGAGGAGGAGGGUAGGAAGACACUUCAAGUGCGUCUUUGAUUUGCUUAAAACUGCUAGGAAGGCUGUCCACAGUUGUCUUUAGCUUCAGUUCACCCGAAUUUCCAAUUCUGUUGAAUGCUUCAGUGAAGGAGCCAACAUCUGUGUCAAGUUGCCUUUCCCAGACUUUAUUAACAACAGAGUCAUAUCAUAACCAAGCCUUUUUUUGUUUCCUCGUUUAGAUUUGUUUGUUUUUAUAUGUAUUUGAAAACUGUAAUAGGUUCUCAGCACCCUUUAGAUGAGGCAGACCAGCUACGCUCCAUGGAGCUGAGCUGAAUUCACGUUACUAGUCCUCGUGAAAUAAUUGUAUAACCAAGUAAAACAGUAGUUCGUAUGGUAGGUGACAUACCUCCUCCACUGUACUCAGUUAUUAAAGUUACUAUUGCUAUACAGUGCUGGAACCAUAAGACACUUCACAUCAACCUAGGUUUAAUAUUUUCUACUAAAUAUAUAUUCUUUCACUAGAAGGCAUACAAUCAGCAAACUUAAUGUUAUAGCAGGUUUGUUCUCCUUCAGGAAAAUGACAAGCAAAGAGAAAAUGGGAUUUAGGAUACCUUAAGCUGGUUAGCAGCAUUUGAAUCAUAGAACAGUGGAGUUCGCACAACUUUCUCACAAGGGAUGAAACUGGGGCCCGGGGCACGUGACCUGCCCACGGCUACCUACCUAAUCAGUGGCAGUCAGACCCAGAAAAAUCUCGCGACUUUCGGUUGUUCCUCUGUUUCUCACCGUUUGUGCUUUGGCCCAUUCGCGACUCCCUCCCAAAGCAGAUCCAUUCCGCUCAAAAUACAAAAGGGCAAAAUUAACUGUGCGGGAGUUGAUAUCCUAUUGUUCUUAAUGAUCAGUCCCAAAUCACGAUCAUCAGUAAUUUCUAAAGGGUCUUGCUUGCAUCAAGACCCUGUCAUCUAUUAACAGUAUUGCCUGGAGUUAGAGAACAAGACACGGCCAGACUUUUGCCUGUUGACUCCAUGAGCCACUUAAUUUCUGUUUCCCAAAAUCUUAACGUUGUUAGAGAAGAAAGUAGAGUACACCUUUGUGAAAUAACUUGUGUGUAGAACCCGUGCUGGCAGAGCUAAUCACACAAACCCAGGAAGGAUGCACCUGAGCUAGUCUGGGGUCUUCCUUAAAGGGGCUAGAGAUGUCUUCAGUGCGAAAUGAACUCUUUUGUGUAGUUUGACAUUUUGAUACAACGUAUACUGUCUCAUUUAACCUUUUACACUUCUGACGAAGAUGUACAUAGACAAGCAGCCUAGUGUACAGUGGUUUUUAUGAUGCCGAGAGCACUGGAAGACAUCCAUGAUGACUUAUUUUUCAGUAGGAGGUUCAGUGAAGGAUAUUCAGGGUAGUUGCAGUGUGGGUGCCACAAUAUUUGAUAUGGCUGGCAUUUUAAAAGUUACUUUGUAAGUGAAUUUAGAAGAAAGACGAUUCAAAGCACUCAAGUUUUGAUCAGAUGCAAAAGAACGCUGACAAAAAUGCAAUUGUAAGAUAGCACUCUUUAAACUAGUUGUGCAAUGACUUAUGCUGAUUCUCUUUAUUCAAGAAAAGAAACGAAGAAAGGAGAGUCAUUAGACUAUAAAUUUCCAGUUAAAAAGCCAAGUCACAAAACUAAUCAGUGACUCUAAACAAUAAUUUACUGGAUGAAUUGUAUAUAUAAAAUUCUAACCACUUGUGAUUCUUAGUUGACUUUUUAUAAGCUUUGUAUUUUACAAGGGCUUCUAUUCUUAUUUAUCCAAAAUUAUUGUUUUUGUCCAUUUCUCUCAGCCUUUUGCAAAAAUAGGCAAGAGUACUGAAACUUGGAUAAAACAGGUCAGGUAUACAGAGAAAAUAAUCUAAAAGUUAUCUGUUAAGAGGGUUUUAGUAGUAUCAAAAAAAAUUUUUUUAAAGGCACUAUGUGAAUAGAAGUAUAUUUUAAAGAGGGAUUAAGAUGAAAUUAAAACCAAAUGGAUUCAUAAAAUUGCUAUUUAAAUACAGUAUUUACUUUUGCAAUUGGAGCAUGAUUCUCUAACCAGCUGUUGCACUUCAUCUCACUUGACUAGAGUCUUAAUUUGUAGUUCAUUGUCAUGUGAAAAGUCAUCUUCUCCCUCCUCCAUCAACCUUUGCCAUCUGUUUUUGAACAUGCGAAAGCACUUUGAUCUUGCCGUUAAGUGUUGUCCUGCACCGCGGGGCUGUGUUCACUAAGGUUCCGAUUUAUUUUAGUCUGUAGGGUAGGCUGUAAUGCACAGAAUGAUUAGAAACUGGAAUCCUCUUUCUUUUUGUCUCUUCUCCAUUUCUACACACACUGAAAUAGAAGUAGGGAAAUAGGCCCUCCCAGUUGUGUUGAAUAGAUGUAGGAAGAUAGUGGCCUCAUUGUUCAUUUUACCAGUGCCCGUCGAAGGCACCAGAAUGAAUAGUAUCUAAAAGAGUAUCACAACUUUUUUUGCAAACUUAGUUGGUAGCGUCAUCAAACUGUAGAUAAUAAUUGCAGACAUAGUUUCUGAGCACCAAGUCCCUCAUUGGUGCCAGGUUUUCAUUUUUCUUUUUAGUUUUUAAGGUUUUUAUUAUACUACAUUUUUAUAUCUCUAAGUCACUAAUGAAUUUAACUUUGCAGGAGAGUUAGAGAAAAGAUUAAGAUUUUACUACAUGUACUCAACCCACCUAGAUAGGUUCUAAACUGACACCGAAGCAUGACAAGAUAUAGAUUAUAGUCCAUAAAUAUUCUUUACAGCUCACAGUUUAAGAACAAACUUAACUUUAUAUACAAAUAAUAAUUUUUAACUAAUUAUAUUUAGUUGUUGCUUUAGCAACAAAACUACAACAUGGCUACCUUUAGACACGUGUUUUGUUUUGUGUGAUAAUUUUACUCGUUAACUAUACAUGGUUUUUGACAGUAUGAGCAUGUAGAAGGUGCAGCUCAAAACUCAGAGAACAGAUCUGGCUGAAUUUUUCUUUAAUCCCAAAUUGCCAUGCGAAAGCUGAAUUUGUGUCCUUAUAUGACUUUUUGAUCAAAAAGUUUACAACACAUGGAUUCUAGAGUCAGGCUCUUUAGCUUGUAGAAUUUGUUGUGUGGAUAGGGUUAUUCCACAGUAUUUCGACUUCAAAACGCGAUCAUUGCAUUUCUCAUCUAUUAUCUGACCUUUUUUUCAUAACAUUACUUAUUCCAAAUUACUCUAUGCAGGAGGCAUAGCUGUCAGUACAGAAAUUCUCUUUUUUGGAUUUAUAUACCCAGCCCAACACAUCCAGAUGAGGAUUAAAGAAUGAUGGACCCGUAUUUUUGAAUGAAUUCGUAUUUGUAAAACCAUGCAUAAAGAUACUGUGGAAUGACCCCUUAACAGUGUUUGAGAGACAUAUGCUGCAGUUAACUGAUGGUCUCAGUUAGGGUGCGACUGUGUGAGACACACCUUUUUUGCACUUAUGUACAUAGUCCAUGAAUGCUAUGCUUGGAACUUUUGUUUUUUAAAUAUAAGAAAUCUGUGAUAAUAGCGAAAAAGUUAGUAAGAUAGAGUUAUUUCUAAGGCCUUGAGAAGGAGGGGGGUUUUGCUAGAAGACUUAAUUAAAGCACGAUGUUGCUUUGCUGUUGGGGAGGCUUUCUGGUUUGCUACAGUUCACCAAAAGAAAAGACUGGUAACAGGUAACAGGUCACCUUCAGCUAACAGCACUGACCAAGAGUGAGAAAGUCCUUUCAUCUUUUACAGUAGCAAGGAUUAUUGGCUUUUUAGAUUAAUCUCCAUUGUAAACACACACACACACACACAAGACAGGUUUCUGGCACAGGUUUUUCUUUUUCAGUGGUUGCAAGCAGUGAAGUACCCUGUAGGUUGCAAGAUGGGUAGAUCCAUUUUGAUCAACUUAGAUUUCAUCUUUCCCAGAAAAUUACUGAUGGAGAGGUAUCCGUUCCAUCAAUUAAUAUCCACUUAAGUGACAAAGUGUUAACGUUCACCACUACUUCUCCUUUAAAAUUCAGAUCCCAAAACCCAAUUGGCAACCAUUGAAAGACUUCAUUUUAUAGCUAAGUACAGCCAGCACAGGCAUUUCAUUCCCUCCAAAGAAAGAAAAAAAAAAAUGCCCCUGGCACAACUUUAUAAAUGGCUUUAAUCUUACCUUAUACCUGUUCAGUGGAAGCUGUUCUCUGACUUGCCUUUACCAGAUUAGGAAGUGCUUCAUGGUGCCAUACAGCCUCCCACUGGUUUAACUAAACAGAAGAGAACCAGCCCAAAUCUCACAUAGGUAGGAGCUGCAAUCAGACCAUCUCGGUCCAUUUUAGCUCCCCGAUCCCCUACCUCCCAUUCCCCCAUCUAACUUUUUGUUGCCUCCAGGCAAUGGGGUUAGAAAGGUGUGAGGAUAGAUCACCAUGGGUAUUUUGGGUCCUUCACAUCCUGGGGUGUGUCGCCCCUGCCUUGGAGAAGGAACCCAUCCUGGGAUCGGGGGGCUGGUAUUAGUAUUGCUACCCAUCUUGCUGGUUCUCCCUUACAGAGAGAGGAAAACAAGCCAAAGCCAGAAAGCAAUCCAAGCCUUACAGUUGUCCAAUAGCUCAGGGCCAGCUGGUUAGAAAUUUCUCUCUUUCCCCCCGCCCCACCCCUUCAGCCCUUAAUCACUUAGAGUCAGCUCUACAACUGACAGCCUGACCAUCUGACCAGCGUUUCCACUGGUACAAAAUGUAAGCAUUCAUGCAUUCUCUAGUUAGGGACUCCAACUUCCACCUCAUCACCAACCUGUUUUCCCAACUUACCCUGCGUUCUUGUGUUGACAUUUCCCGGUGAAGCUAUAAGCAACAAGAAUAUAUUUUCAUAAGGUCAAGAGAAAUAUACAAUUUUAAGUGAAGAAGAAUCAUCUAUAAAAUAGUAAGAAGGAACCUAGAAGCAUCACAAAAGAUAAUUAAUUGAUGGCAUGUUGCCCAUGCUGACCGCCAUUGGGUCACGCUCUUUGGAGCUGAAACACAGCAGCUGUGUUUCAGUGAGUCAGAUUAGAGAAGGAAGCAUAACAAAAUGUGAAUGACUUGAGGCCCAAAAGGGACCUCUGCCAUGAAACCCAGGAAAGGGCUUAGUUUGACUAGUUCAUACAGUUUCUAGCCGCUCCACUUGGCCUUGCCUGGGAAAGAACCACCCAUUAAUACUCCAAAGCAGGAUGAUUCCAGAGAAAUUUUAUCUUUAAAUAGAACCCAUCCUCAAUAAUAGUAGACCAAAAAGGGAAAAAAAAUCUAUCACUCUAAGUCCCAACUAUUUGAAGGUAUUGCAAAAAUUCUCACUAGUCACCUUCUACAUCAUAGGAUUUUUUUUUAAAAAGUACCUCUGUAACAAGACCUAAAUAAAAGUAACCCCACUUUAGGCCAUGCUCUUUUCUCCCAAAACACACAACCUAAAGAUUUAUCUGUCAUAGAAGUGCAUGGUUGCAAAGCUUUAUUCCUGUAUGCAGAUGCUAUCUGUUCAUGACAGAAGCCAAAUGACUCUGUGGCCAUGUCUUCUGUGUCUAGCAGUUGAGAGAAUGAUGCGACCGCCCUGUUGCUGGGCUCUGGGGUUGCCCUUUUCGAAAUAACUUUCCUUUUAUUAUUGUUGUUGCUGCUUUAGUUGUUAGCAAAUGAACCAUUUGUUAUCAUACCCCCAAAUUACAAUCGUUUAAAUUUUAAGAAAAGAUGUUCCUAAAUGCACUUUUUUUUUUUUUAAGGGCUAACUGUGCGUUUAUAUAACAACAAUCCAGUAUAAUGUAGAAAAUGAAGCACAAAUUUGGGACAAAAGAAUGUCAAUUUAAAAAUACCUGUAGAUAAGAAAAUUACUAGCCAUGUGCAACAAUUAUAGAUUUAAAUAAUGACCAUGAUAUUUCACAGAUGAAAACUCAUAUUUUGCCUCCAAAAUGCCAUAGUUCAUUCCCUCAACUGCUAUCAAUAGGGUAGAUGCUUUGAUUUUUUUUUUUCCAUUUUUCCCCCCAAGUUAUAGUGCUGUACUGCUUGUUUAUGUUUAGAAGUGUGCAUUAUGUAAGUCAUUUUCGUAUGCUACUUUUGUGUUGUUUAUUUUUUGGUUCUUUUAAUAAAAUGCAUAAAUUUCA